AUGGGUUCGGUGCAGCAGGUGACGCACCGACCCCCGCCCAUGAGCAGCCAAAUGGUCGUCACCGCCGCCCCUCACGUCGGUCGGCGACCCGCGCAAGCGGUCUAUGCGCAUGGACCGGGGCCACAAGGGCCCCACGGACCUUACGGACCCCACGGACCCCACGGUCCCUUUGUGAUGCAGGGCAUUUCGCCGUUGACGGCCACGGUGGCCUCGUUGCCGGUUCCCAAGGCCGAAGUGCGCGAAGUGCGGCCCCUCGACCGCCGCCCCGCGGCGCCUCCGGCGACCGCGCCGGGGCCCCGCGCGCCCGCGGCGGUUUCGGCGCCAGCGCAAAAGGCGCCGCGGAAGAAGGCGCCGGUGGAGGUGCCGGUGGAAGUGGUGCCCUCCACAGCGCGGCCGACGUUCGUGCCCCCGUACAUGCCCAAGCGCGUGCUCACCACCCCCUCCGUGGAGCUCAUGGACCCCCCCACCGCGAAGCAAUACAUGGACAAGGACCCGGAUGGCACCAUCGUGAUCGACCUCCGGGAGAACGACGAUGACGUGAUCCACGGGGCCUGCUCCGUCUCAGUGAAGGAGGUCAUGGGGCGCCUGCACUACUUCCUGCGGGCCUUCGCCAACAAGCGCCUGGUGGUCUUCAUGUGUGAGUUCGGGGCCCAGAUGAGUCCCAACUGCGCCAACUUCUGGAAGUCUGUGGCCGGGCAGCAGCGGGUGGGCGUGGUGGUGGACGGGUUCCGUGGCUGGGAGGCCUUCCAGUUGCCGGUGCGGCGCAAGGUGGCGCCGGGGACGCAGAAGACGCCGGUGAAAGCUGCGCCCAAAGCACAGCCGCAGCCCGUGCCGGCCGGUCCCGGCGCGCAGCCGGUGCCGCAGGUGGUGGCGAAAGCUGCACCUGCGCUUCAGGCGCCGAAGGCCGCAGAGGUGCCAGCUUCCGCAGCUCCCGCGGCGGCGGUGCCGGUGCCGGCCACGCGCGCGCCGAUGCCGGAGAAGGCGGAGUCUUCGCCGUCGCGGCCGCAGAUUCCCAGCCGACCCUGGGUAAGGCCGGAUGAUGUGGACAUGGUGGUUCAGCCUGAGAACGGCGUGGAGUGCUUUGACCCCCUCGUCAUCAAGACCAUGCUGUCCACCAAUCAGGGCCUAUUGGUGGACAUGCGCGACCCCCUGAAGGAUCGGCGCAUCGGGUUCAUCGAUGGGUCUUUGAACAUCCCUGCGGUGACCACGGACGAGAAUGGGCAAAUCGUGAUGCCCUUCUAUCAUCAGAUCGAGCAUUUGGCCAAGGAGUGGUCUCAGCUGCCCUUGGUGGUGCUCUAUUGCCAGCACUCGCUGCACCGAGCCCCACAGACGCUCGGUGUCCGCCCUGGGAAUGGCUGGGAGGGUUAG